UUCGGCGGGUGCGCGAUCGGGCUUAGCUUCAGCAUCGCAUCCAAGCAGGCCUUCAGUAGCACUUUCGAGCUACAAAGGUGUGAUCGUCAGUUUUGCUUUCGCGGUACGCGAGCGUUCGUUUGUUUUCUGCAGCGAUCGAUUAGCAGGUGUUAGCCCAGCCAGCGGUCCAGUUCUUCGACGACUGAUCAGUACGACUGGGGAAACCCUUUUCCGAUUGAGAUCUUAAGUGGCAAUUGUAGUCGAGAAGGGUUUGAGAAUCGGGAUUUACCCCAUUGUGGAAGCGUUAUUGUGAGUUGUGAGAAGAAAAGUGCGUGAAUUAUUUUCGAUCGGUGAGCUAAGAAGCUACGGGAGAAAACAUCUGGCCAGGAUCGGAGCUCUGGAAUAGUGCAAACCCCAUCAUUCGGGAAGAAACGAGAGCAGAUUGAGCUCAUAAAGUGUGGUGGCUGUGGCCAAAGAAGUGAUUGCGAGAUUUCAGUUCAGGGUUUGUUUACCGAGCAAGUGACAGUCAUUGGGAACAUUACGGAAGGAUGCGGAACGUCUGGAUUCUUGUGGCGAGCGCUUUGCUAGCGUUCGCCAACUUUGUCAAAUCGCAGGACAAUGCUAGGAACCUGUACAGUUCAAGAUACGACAACUUGGACAUCGACACAAUUCUCGGCAGCAGCCGCUUAGUCAACAACUACGUGGACUGUUUACUCAGUCGAAAGCCAUGCCCGCCCGAGGGAAAGGAUUUGAAACGAAUUCUGCCAGAAGCACUCCGCACGAAAUGUAGCCGAUGCUCCAACACCCAGAAAGAGAACGCAUUGAAGAUAAUUACCACUUUGUACUCUAACUACCCGGAUCAGUACAUGGCUCUGCGUGAACGAUGGGACCCCUCGGGAGAAUAUCACCGCCGGUUCGAGGAAUACCUGCGGGGCCUUCAGUUCAACCAGAUUGGUAGCAACGGCAUCGAUCGUCCGGUAAGAAACGAUUUCGAUCGGGACCAAACGCAGAUUUUGCUGCAAACAUUGAUCCUCUCGACCACCACCGUCGCACCGACACCUCCACCAUCACCACCACCGGCCCCAUCGAAUGCGCUUCCCAGCGGACCCGAGCAACGACCCCAACAAUUGGCUCCGUCGGCACUGAUAACGCAACCGGUAGCACCUGUUUCACUUACUUCUACCACUACAACAACCACCGCCCCCAGUUCUUCUUCUACUACUUUACCCACUACCACUACUACAUCCACUACCACUGAGGCAGCUACCACUACUAGUACUACUACUACCACUACUCCUGGAACUACCUCUUCGGUUCCGAAUACUACCACGGGCUCUAGUAGUAGCAUGACAAAUGUGGCGGCGGCGGCGGCAGUGCAAGCUACUAGCCAGGUGCCCGGAACAGUGGUCCCCGUGAUCAACCCGCUUCCAUCGUGGAUGUUGGAUCGCCAGCCUCAGGAACAACAAACACAACUCCAAGAACAGCUCACCUUGAACACAGAAUCACGUCCGCGUCCGCUAGUUGCGAUUGGCACUCAAAAUUCCGUUCCGAUCGUUUCUGAACUAUCGAAUGAGAAUCCAAAUUUCAACAGCCCUCUGAUUUCGGCAGAGCCUGCAACGGCGACGGCCCGGACUGCUCAAAACAUCAACACUAGACUCAUCCUUCGACCGGUGAACGGUUUAGAUUUCAUCACAAACACGCGUCCCACGGUGGGAGCCCUGGGAAAUCGUUUUGGAGGUGAUGAUCCGAGCACGAGCCGGCCUACGGUGGAGCUUACGACGGCGGUACCGAGUAUUGCAACCGUGAGACCAACCUCCAGACCAGUCGUCCGACAGACGACGUCGCGCAUUGUCACUUCUCGGCCAACACCGAACAGAUUCCAGUUCGAAACGGCACCGGCAGUUGCGGUUCCGGUGUUCCGUCCACAGCAACAGCCCAUCCAGGCCCAGGUCCAAGUAUUCGCACAACCACCACAAACCCAACCACAACCACAACCACUAGCACCAGCACUCCUAGUACCAUCACAGAUACAAGCCACGUCAUCUUCGUUUGCUGUUGGCGGCAGCUCCGGCGGCGGCAGCGUCUUGACCACACCCAAUAAUAUUAUCGAUAACUUUUUUAUCCCACCCGGUCAGGGCGGAGGACUGGCGGCCAAUCCGAACGCGGGUCCCAUCGUCGGUCUGUUCAGCCAACUCGGCAACAAGCUGGCGACCACGGCCGAUGCCAUCGCCGGAAUGCUCAAGCGGACGGUGGAUGUCAUCGUGACGUCGCACAUCCAGGCUCACCAGAAGCGACGAUCAGUGGGGAGCAACUGAAGGAGCCGGGGCAGGUGAAGUAGAACGCUGAUGUGAUUCUUGCCGUUUUAGGCAUUAGGAGUGGAAAGCGCCAAAAGUGGCUUCUUCCAGAUUAUGUUAUUACAUCCUAAUUAUAACUUAUAUUCUGCAAUAAUCAUAGCAUUAAGAGCGAGCUUGUGAGAAAGCACUUUAAGUCUCCUCGGAAGGAUGGUACAAAGCAGGACAAACGAAGAAGGAUUUAAUGAAUGUGUAAUUGUGAUGGCAGAGUUAAAUUUUUAAUUGGCUUUUUAUUUAGUGGUGAUAUUGGAUAAAAAUGUACUGUAAGUUUCUGAAAGGAAAAUUUAAUUACAGAAGGGCAACUGCCCUAUCUAACAUUAUCGAUUUUUAUUGCAAAGGAAGUUAGGAGUACUGAGUACAGCUGAAAAUGAGAAGUUCGAAUGAAGGAAGCAUUAUUAUGUAAUCGAUAGAUUUAAGUAAACAUUAUUCCAAAGUUUUCAA